AUGAUACCUUACCGAUCUUGGACAGCACUCUUGGUGCUUUUACUGGCGUCGUUGGUGGCAGAUUGUCAUGCUCGAUGCGCUGCGACAUCGUCCGACCCACGAGAAAGGUUCUCGGAAUCCGACUUUGUGCUGCGACUCCAAUACGACCCAUCAUCUACGGCUACCAUUCCGUGUGGCGUUCGCACCUAUCAGAUAACGUCGCAAGGAUCAGAACAAUCGGUGGAUACUACGGGCUUUGAGCAAUACACAAUUUUGGAAAUCUACAAGCAGGAUUGGGACAAUUUCUUUGCCUCCGAAGCAACACUUAAUCAAGGCCAAGCCGUCAUUACCCCGGACGCAGUCAAUCUGCAGGUGGGAGAUGCCAUUGCCCUCAUUUACUUUACCGACACGGGGUAUUCCAGGAAUAUCCCACAGCACAUUCGCGAUGAUGCCGACGGAUCCUUCUUGGCCUUUUUGUCGCCCCAUCGCUAUUGCAACAGUCCUUCCGAUGGAGCCGUCACCACUCUGCCCGAAGUCACGCCGGAAAAUUUGCAGACCAAUCCAUUCGUCUUGAGUCAAUGCGACCAAGGCAAUCAAGGGUGGUCGGCAGUGCCACAGGAUGGACGCCUCUUUUUGGAAUCGCAAGUGGUAGGAAUAGAAACAAAUAAUCAGUUUGAUGUUUCUAAAAAUGCCACGACGCCAACCAGCAACUCGACCGAAUCCGCCGAAGAAGUUGGAGACAACAACGCGACUGAUACCGAGCAGGAAAUACUAGAUUUACAAGACGACGUGGAGGAACACAAUGAUUCGGUUUUUGUGGCGGAAGCUGCCGUUUCUUCGGCUGGGAGGGUUCUGGUAUCCUUUCGGGUGCUUGUCUCGAUGAUUGUGGGUAUCAGUGUACUGGUUUCAAUCUACUAG